CAGCAGAACACUGUACAACUUCGACUAGUGUUUCAUUGUGUAGUCUGUCUGUGUUUUGUGUUGUCUGUGUCUGUGUUAGUGUGAGAGACAGAGCAAAGGUUCAUUCAAGCUUUGAAUAUGGGGAGGAUUUUCAUUGUUGAUCUCCAAGGACCAUGUUUCCAGUGCAGACACUGCAAAACUCCUGUUGCACGUGCUGAGGAUGUUCUCUCUCGGAGCUUCAAUUGCAGUCGAGGCAGGGCCUUUCUUUUCAGUGAAGUGGUGAAUGUAACAUUUGGGGAGCAACUGGAGAGACUGUUGACGUCUGGAUUGCACACAGUUGAAGACAUAUUUUGUUGUUUCUGUGGACAAAUUCUUGGAUGGAAAUAUGUUGUAGCUCAUGACAAAAAUGAAACCUACAAAGAAGGGAAGUGUAUCCUUGAGAGAUGGAGGAUAGUUGAGUAUGUUCCAGAGGAAUCGAACGUGGAUGCUAAUGCUGGGCCAAGUGCAAGUGAAGCAGAAAACAACGCCUAGCGAGCUGCUUCUUUUCAUGAUUUAAGAAUUUUAGCUAGCAAAUUUCAGAAACCGUUAGUAUUCAUCAAGAUAAAUUUUCAUUUUGAGGAUUUAUAAAUUUUUAUACCAGAGUGGAAGUGGAACUUCCUGUACAUUUAUGGAGGGGGUAUAAUUGACAUAUAGAUUUUAAGAGAAAUUCAUCUUAUAUUAUGGCUUCGGAUUAAGAUUUUUACUUUGCUUGAUCUCAAUAAUUCAGAUACAUGUGGAAAGUUAGGUUACUGUCCUAGCUAUAAA